UGACCGCUGUAUCGCUGUAAGUCAUGGCUGGAAAGAAAGCGCUGGCAGCCGGACUUGAAUGAAGCCAGCCUUACGUCAGGAGGGUGUGAUCAUCAGUGUGGGCGUCCAGUUCGCAAUUUCAGCGCGAUUGGGCUGCAUAUAGCUAUUAGCGCUAGCCAAGUUAUCGCUAUCGUUUUCGCUAUUCAGUUUAGUACAGUUCACCAGCUCCCCGCGAGCGAGAAGACCAUGGAUAAGGAAGAGACCCCAGACAUGCUAACCAGCUAACCAGCCAGCCAGCUGCUGCUAUCCGACGGAAUGGGAGAUGUGCUAGCUAGCUAACGUUAGGGUUGGGUAAGAGCACGGUUUCCUGUUGUCGCUGGAAAGCUAGCCAGAGAGCUAGGUCGAGUCUGUCACAUCUGGGCUGAGACUUGCCGCCAGAAGAAGAUGCAGACGUUUCUGAGAGGUAGACGUGUGGGUUACUGGCUCAGCGAGAAAAAAAUGAAGAAGCUCAAUUUCCUGGCCUUCGCUGACAUGUGCAGGAAAAGAGGAAUAGAAGUGGUUCAGCUUGAUCUGAGCCAGCCUCUGGAAGAGCAGGGCCCGCUGGACGUCAUCAUCCACAAGCUGACAGAUCUGAUCUUGGAGGCGGACCAGAACGACACUCAGUCCCUGUUGCUGGUCCAGCGUGUGCAGGACUACAUAGAUGCCCACCCAGAGACCAUAGUGCUGGAUCCACUUCCAGCCAUCAGGACUCUGCUUGACCGCUGCAAGUCUUACCAGCUUGUCCACCGGAUAGAGGACUUCAUGCAAGAUGAACGGAUAUGCUCUCCUCCAUUCAUGGUGCUGAACAGUGAGUGUGGGCCAGACACACUGGAACAGAUUGAGCAGCAUGGUCUUACAUUCCCCUUCAUUUGCAAAACACGGGUUGCACACGGAACCAACUCCCAUGAGAUGGCAAUCAUCUUUAGUGCUGAGGACCUAAAGGACGUGAAGCCCCCAUGUGUUAUUCAGAGCUUCAUCAACCACAACGCAGUGCUGUAUAAGGUGUUUGUAGUGGGUGAUUCGUACACUGUAGUUGAGAGACCCUCCCUUAAGAACUUCCCGUCUGGCCCAGCCGACAGGAAAGCUAUUUUCUUCAACAGCCACAAUGUGUCAAAGCCAGAGUCGUCCUCAGACCUUACCUCUAGAGAUAAUGUAGAGGGUGUUUCCCAGCCCCCGAGUGAUGAUGUGAUUAGGGAGCUGUCUAGAUCUCUGCGACAGGCUUUGGGGGUGUCGCUCUUUGGCAUCGACGUCAUCAUCAACAACCAGACAGGCCAACAUGCUGUCAUCGACAUCAAUGCAUUCCCUGGAUAUGAGGGUGUUCCAGAAUUCUUCAGCGACCUCCUCAACCACAUUACUAGUGUCCUUCAAGGCCAGUCGUCCAGUGACUGCCCGACCGCACCCUCUGCUCAGCCCACCUCCGGACAGCUAACAGCCCUGGCCUCAGGGGAGCGGAGCUGCGCCCCCUCGCAAGAGUGCUGCAGCCUGCUGAGCAAGGAGUCGGACAGCAGCAGCAGCCCGUGGAUUGUGGAGGGCGAGGGAGGCCUGAAGGGUUCAUGCCAGAGACUGGGCUGCACCCCAGCCAUGUCCCCCAACUUCCAGCAGCACUGCGUGUCCACGAUAGCCACCAAGGCCUCCUCACAGUGACAGCCUUCUACGCCCUUACCCUCCACCUCUUCCUCUGAACAAAUAGUGGAAAAAACACAACGUGAAUAAUAUUAAUGAAUAAUAAUAACUGAUAUUAUUAAUAUAUCUGUCAUCAGAAAUAAACAUUUUACUAUA